AUGCAGACGGUAGGGGAACGUCUGACGCUGGCUUGUGACAAUGAUUACUGGCUGCCAAACUCAACUGCUGGUCACCCAGUGACCGAGCAACAUAUAACAUGCGAAUCAAGUGGGAACUGGUCGAAAGCUGAAAUCUGUAUUGUAAUAGUGUGUAUCCUCGAAAAUACGACUGCUGACAGACACUGGCAUGCUAACGUCACUACUAUGCAGACGGUAGGGGAACGUCUGACGCUGGCUUGUGACAAUGAUUACUGGCUGCCAAACUCAACUGCUGGUCACCCAGUGACCGAGCAACAUAUAACAUGCGAAUCAAGUGGGAACUGGUCGAAAGCUGAAAUCUGUAUUGUAAUAGUGUGUAUCCUCGAAAAUACGACUGCUGACAGACACUGGCAUGCUAACGUCACUACUAUGCAGACGGUAGGGGAACGUCUGACGCUGGCUUGUGACAAUGAUUACUGGCUGCCAAACUCAACUGCUGGUCACCCAGUGACCGAGCAACAUAUAACAUGCGAAUCAAGUGGGAACUGGUCGAAAGCUGAAAUCUGUAAUGUAAUAGUGUGUAUCCUCGAAAAUACGACUGCUGACAGACACUGGCAUGCUAACGUCACUACUAUGCAGACGGUAGGGGAACGUCUGACGCUGGCUUGUGACAAUGAUUACUGGCUGCCAAACUCAACUGCUGGUCACCCAGUGACCGAGCAACAUAUAACAUGCGAAUCAAGUGGGAACUGGUCGAAAGCUGAAAUCUGUAAUGUAAUAGUGUGUAUCCUCGAAAAUACGACUGCUGACAGACACUGGCAUGCUAACGUCACUACUAUGCAGACGGUAGGGGAACGUCUGACGCUGGCUUGUGACAAUGAUUACUGGCUGCCAAACUCAACUGCUGUGUGUAUCCUCGAAAAUACGACAGCUGACAGACACUGGCAUGCUAACGUCACUACUAUGCAGACGGUAGGGGAACGUCUGACGCUGGCUUGUGACAAUGAUUACUGGCUGCCAAACUCAACUGCUGGUAACCCAGUGACCGAGCAACAUAUAACAUGCGAAUCAAGUGGGAACUGGUCGAAAGCUGAAAUCUGUAAUGUAAUAGACUGUGGACAAUUCCAACCUGUAAACAACGCCACUAUAACAUAUUCGCCACCAGCAAAACAAAAUGUUCAUUCGAUAGCAACUGUAUCAUGUAACGGAGGGUACAGGAUAACUAACGGCACUGGAAACAGCGACAUUGCCAGACAUGCGACAUGUGAAGCGACUGGGCGGUGGAAUAGCACAUACACAUGUGAACCGAAGGUGUGUAUCCUCGAAAAUACGACUGCUGACAGACACUGGCAUGCUAAAGUCACUACUAUGCAGACGGUAGGGGAACGUCUGACCCUGGCUUGUGACAAUGAUUACUGGCUGCCAAACUCAACUGCUGAUUGUGGAAGACCAAAUGAACCAAUUAAUGGCUGGGUGAAUAUCUCGAAUGGAACCGCUGUAGGAAACACGGCAACAUUCUACUGUGAUAUUGGCUACACUGUAGUCGGAAACAAUAAAACAACAUGCCUUAACAACAACACCUGGAACCGUCCGACACCAGAGUGUAAAGUCAACGAUUGUAAAGAUCCGAGCCCGAUCUCAAAUGGUAAUUACACCCUUUUGAACGGCACAACGACCUACGAGUCGACGGUUCGGUAUUCGUGUGACGCGGGGUAUACACUGUACGGUACCGACAUGAGACGCUGUCUUGCCAACAGUAGCUGGACACCACUUGAUGUCAACUUGUGUGUCUGUCUCUUAGAAUGUCCAACGGAUAUUGAUGUUAAUCACGGUAAUGUGACAUAUUAUGCGCGUCUGUACCGUGACAUUGCCUCUAUAAGAUGCUACCCGGGCUAUAGAAUUAACGGCACGGAAGGCAACAACAUCGUAAAUCAAACUGUGAAGUGUCAGUCUACGGGCAGAUGGCAACUGCCAAGUGGUUGUGUACGAAAAGAUUGUUUAGACAAAGAACAACCCGCUUAUGCGAGUGUUAAUUACUUGAGCGGCACUCUUUACGAAGCAAUAGCAGUCAGCACAUGUCGGGAGGGUUACCGUAUCACAGGAAGUAACACGAAUGGCAAUGUAUCGGAGGAAAUACAGUGUCUGGAUACGGGAAAAUGGUCUCAAGCAUUAGGAUGUGAACGAAAAGACUGCGGAUCAGCUGUAACCGUACACAACGCCCAUGUUAGCAUCCAACCAUCUGGCAAUACUUUAUACGAGGCCCAUGCAACUGUUACAUGCCUUACCGGGUAUCGGCUCUACGGACUUCAUGACAAUCAUCAAGUUGAUGAACAAAUCCAGUGUCUCUCAAACGGAUCCUGGCAACUUUCAUUGGGCUGUGAACGGAAAGAUUGUGGAGAUGAGUUGAACCCAAGAAAUGCCAACGUGACGUUUCCGAGCGGCACAACGUAUCAGUCAACUGCCAAAGUGCAGUGUAUUGACGGGUACCGCCUACAGGGACAGAACGACAACAAUAAAACGUUUGAACACAUUCCAUGCACUGAUGGCGGUCAUUGGGACGUUCCACAUGGAUGCGAAAGAAAAGACUGUGGAAAACCUCAUGACAUCAACAACGGAAAAGGUACGCGUGGACCUUCGACGUUUGAAAGCACUGUAAACUAUACGUGUAACAGCGGCUACCGCACCGUUGACGUAACCACUCUGAAGUGUAACAGCAGUGGUCUGUGGAAUAAUAAUCCACCAAACUGCACUGAUAUAGAUGAAUGCCAGAAGCGCGAUCAAAACGACUGUCACUACUACUCCAACUGCACGAACACACAGGGCAGCUACACGUGCAAGUGCAUCGAGGGUUAUGAUGAUCUAGAAGGGAACAGAGGUCGAAAGUGUGAAGAUCACAACGAAUGCGAAGACCCUCCGAAUACCCAGUGCAGUUUCUGGCUCAACAAAACGCGCGCAUGCGUGAACUUGAAUGGUGGCUAUAUUUGCAUUUGCAACAAGGGAUGGAACGGCACGAAAUGUGAUAAUGAUAUUAAUGAAUGUUUAGAACCACACCCAUGUGGGGAACAUGCUCAUUGUACAAACCUUUUUGGAAGUUAUAACUGUUCAUGCCCGCCUCAAUACCCACAGGGUAACGCUUUCCUUGGCUGUUUCGAGCCUGUUAUCAUUUCAUUUGAGACCAAUGGUACAAGAUUCAAUGGUGACAACGAAAUCUUAGAUACAUUUCAAAUACCCAACAGGUUUCCGUACUUUGGAACAUACUACACGUUAUUCAGGCCAAGCAUGGAUGGAUUCCUUGCUCUCGACUUCCAGCCACUUUACAAUCAAUAUGGAGGCGAAACUCCCAGCGAAUGGACAACUGCUAUUCAGAAGCAUAUCGUCAUUGCCCCGCUAUGGACUAACAUUGACAGCCGAAAUAUAUCAAAUGGUGGUCUGUGGAUUCACGUGUUGACUGACAAAGACAAGUCUGACGUGGUAAAAAUCCAGGACCUCGUUCGCCAAUACACCAACCAGACCGAGUUCAAUGUCACUGUGGCCCUGGUCGCCACGUGGAAACACGUUACUAUUCACUCGCCUUACGAACCCGGAUAUGAACUCGUCAAUCAUCAGAACCUUUCCAUGCAAGUCAUAUUAGUGACAGAUGGUAUGUACACGUAUAUUAUGUUCAACUACGACAGAGAACAAUUCAGCAUCAGACCACUACAGGAAGUACCUGUUGCCAGUGGUUUCACGCAUUUGGACUAUUCCGCAUCCGUUCUGUCAACAAGAAACAACUUUACAAAUCUAAAUAAGGAAUCAAACGUUUACCCGGCAUUCCCGGGCCGAUGGCUGUAUAACGUUACAACUAUAACAGCCUCAAUGUGGAAUGAGACCAGAUGUUUGCAGUUUGUGAAGGAAAAUAACCGCACAUUAAAGAGCUGGAUAACAGAACAGCUGGUGUAUGCAUUACCCUGUCCAUGCCAAGAGGUGCUUAUGUUGGAGGAUUACACGUUUACUCGUAAAGACGAGAUAUUACCGGGCAUCGGAACAAAGUUCACCCACACGACAUGCUACGAGUCCUGGUUCUUCAGUGCCUACGGGAUCAAACAGAGAUGCUGCUACAUGUUCAGCAAACUACAGUCUCAGUAUCCGGGGGCUGUAGCAGCGGAGUUUGAGAACACCACCAUUGCAUCACUCCUCCAGGAAGGCUACUACCAGUGCUGCUCUCCUGAGGGCAGCAAGAAAUACUGUCACCUGUACCAGCAGAUCAACCCGCCUGAUGACUGCUCCAAAUACACGAUCAGCGAUGAGAUACCACUGGACGAUAAGAAAGACACUCCACAGAUUGAAGACGUGUCGGUGGAUGUGGAGAAAUUAGCAGCGAAUCCUCGAAAUCGGGUCGUGAGAAAUGUACAAAGUGAUGGUGAGCAGAGACAAUCCGAAUCGAAUGUUGACAGUGUUAAUAACGUGUCCAUGUUUAUGACUAUGUACAGAAAUCUGAAAAAGAUGUUUGGGUUCGGAUAA